AUGGAUGAUAGAAACCCUAGUCUUCCAAUCAAGCACAACAACCUCAUCUCGGUCGAGAUAGCUCGACAAAUUACCUCCAGGGGCAAAAUUAAUUUACUCUUCCCUAAAAGGUUCGCCUCCGAGAAGUGCUGCGUGGCCGACUCGACCUCCUCGAGGUUGAACGAGUCUCUUCUGUGUGGGCCCCACAUGCUCGGGCAGCGAUCAAGUGAAGAUGGGCCCACGCUACUGAGCUGGUCCCCAUUGGACGUGUCGGAUUUGUCCCCGACCUUCUGUUUCCGGCGGCGGUGCCAGAAAAAAGCGACGGCAGCGGCCACCGCCAGCCCGAACGAGGUGGCGAUCAGGCCCGAGAUGAGCCCGAUCUUGGGAAGCUUUGAUGGGGUCUCCGAACAGAUGGUCUCGUUGCAGGCUAUGGCGAAGGCAGCCGAUUGA